CCUCCAUUUCUCCACGAGGGGGGUUAAAGGCCCCCAAAAUAUGCAUAUAUGAAAAGGCCAAAAAGUAACCGUCACUGACAGGCAUUGUAAACUAGAGAAAGAAACGGCACCAAACUGGCGGGUUUGGCGAAAGCGCAGCCGGCAGCGUCCCGGACGAGGAGGCAACUCUCCUUGUGUUUGAGUUACAGCUUCCUGAAAACUUUUGUUCCUAUGCAUAAAGAUGUCUUUGGUGGACUUGGGGAAAAGGUUGCUAGAAGCAGCAAGAAAAGGCCAAGAUGAUGAAGUGAGAACAUUGAUGGCAAAUGGUGCUCCAUUCACCACAGACUGGCUUGGAACAUCACCCCUCCACCUUGCAGCCCAGUAUGGUCAUUAUUCCACAGCAGAAGUGCUCCUUCGAGCAGGUGUUAGCCGGGAUGCCCGAACCAAAGUGGACAGGACCCCCUUGCACAUGGCUGCAGCCGAUGGACAUGCACACAUCGUGGAACUGCUUGUUAGGAAUGGUGCAGAUGUGAAUGCCAAGGAUAUGCUGAAGAUGACAGCUUUGCACUGGGCCACAGAGUACCACCACCGAGAUGUUGUAGAGCUACUUAUUAAAUAUGGAGCUGAUGUCCAUGCUUUUAGCAAGUUUGAUAAAUCUGCCUUUGACAUAGCCCUGGAGAAGAACAACGCUGAGAUUCUGGUCAUCCUUCAGGAAGCAAUGCAGAAUCAGGUGAAUGCUAAUCCUGAAAGAGCCAACCCUGUGACUAUGGCUACCCCAUUUAUCUUCACGUCAGGAGAAGUUGUCAACCUCGCUAGCCUUGUUUCUUCAGCCAACACCAAAACAACCUCAGGUGACCCCCAUGCCUCCUCAACAGUACACUUCUCAAAUUCUACCACCUCAGUGCUGGCCACCCUUGCAGCUCUUGCUGAGGCAUCAGCUCCCCUCUCCAACUCACACAGAGCCACAGCUAAUUCAGAGGAAAUUAUAGAAGGAAAUUCUGUUGACUCAUCAAUCCAACAAGUGGUGGGGAGUGGAGGCCAAAGGGUGAUCACCAUAGUGACCGAUGGAGUGCCUCUGGGUAAUAUCCAAACUGCAAUCCCUACUGGAGGCAUUGGCCAGCCAUUUAUUGUAACUAUGCAAGAUGGACAACAAGUUCUAACUGUACCUGCUGGUCAGGUUGCAGAGGAGACUAUAAUUGAAGAAGAAGAGGAAGAAGCAGCAGAGAAGUUGCAGUUGCCAUUGACGAAGAAACCAAGGGUAGAAGAGAUGGCAGACAGUGUGGAGGAAAGCAAGGUAACGUUUUUAGCAGUGUGGAGGGAAGAGAGGGGGAAGAAAGAAAAGCCAGAACUUCUAAGGCCUGAACCCUUUCACCCUUUUGUGUGCUCUCUGGAUAACCUGCUAUCGGAGCUCUUACCUGGUGGCUGCCCGUUUACUUCCACAGGAGGGCAUGGAGAGAGAGCUCCUGCAGCAGCAGCUCCAGGAGGCCAACCGCAGGGCGCAGGAGUACCGGCACCAGCUGCUGAAGAAGGAGCAGGAGGCCGAGCAGUACCGCCUCAAGCUGGAGGCCAUGGCCCGGCAGCAGCCCAACGGGGUCGGCGUCGACUUCGCUGUGCUCGAAGAGGUGGCCGAGGUGGACGCCGUAGUAGUCACAGAGGGGGAGAUGGAAGAGAGAGGGACGGAAGCGACUGGGGCUGGAGGGACCCCCGAGCCUCACCCUGGAGUUUCCAUGGAAACUGUUUCCUCUUAAAGCACAAGGGCCACAGUUUGUACUGUGUCCAUCUUUUUCCUCUUUUUUUAAAAGAAAAUGCAGAGGACAAACCUUGUUUUAAAAUUAAGAAUGUCCUUAAGAAGAAAACUGUAACAGGGUACAAUGCUUGGGCUCAGGAAGGCUCUCUAUGCAACUGGAAAAAUCAAAGCCAAAUUUAGGGAACAGUUCUUCUGAGAGGCCAAAAAAAUAAGGACCAAAUUUCUUAGCGACAUCACUGCUUUAAACAUAAGAGGUAAAAGAAUGCUGCAUGUUGUAGGUUGAUUGUUUUUAAAAAACUGACUUUUUAUCAAAAGAUUUUACUUCCUAUCAAAAGAUUUUUUAAGAUAACAUUCCUAAUUGGACCCACCCAGAUCCUUUAAUAGUUGUACCGUCAAGUGACCAGAGACAUUGCCUUAGAUUUAUGAUGGUGUCUGUUACAGAAGAAAACUAAUUGGGAAGGAAGUUAGGAACAAGCUUUGGGGAAGAGAAAAGAAUAUAUUCCACUUCCAAAGGAUCAGGUGCUCCCCACUAUCCUGAGUUGAUUUCACUGAAAAGGAAUUUGUGAUUGCCUGACUAAAUUUGCAUCCAUUGUGUGUCCAUAGCUUAGCUGCCAGUUAAGAAACUGAGAUAUAAUUUUUGAAAACUGGAAAGAAAACUAGUUUAUGUGGAGAAGUGUAUAUAAAUCCAAAAUCCUCCAGGCUGUGCUUUCACAAUGCUGGAAAGUGGCCAAAAAGAGGCUUGUUGGGGUUAUGAAACAAUCUGCUGUUGAGAUGCAAACUUUGCUCUGGCUGGAUUUUACAAAAUUGCAAUCAGGAUGGUAGUCCGUUGUUAGAACAACUUGCUUUCAAAAAUUUAUGUAAUAUCAAGCUUUAAUAGCAAUUCUUUAUUUUAUAAAAUUUCGUUGAGCUUUCUAAGUGUGCCUUUCUGUGGAGCUUACAUGGUAUCCUAUUAUAUACAAUAAAAGAAAGGGGGAGGGAGAGAUGAAUGUUGAAGAUGUUGUGUAGUUUUGUUGGCAUUUGAUUUGGGAUGAGUAGAUUGCCCUGUUUCCUUAAGGAAGAACCUUAUGCAGAGCUUUUGUGCCUUAUAGGCUCUCAGUGUGUCCUGGCGAAGGGAAUAAAAACUAUCAGUGCCUAGAGUAAGGAACCAAAGAUUCUGGCAAGAUGCUUCGUCUGCCUUACUCCCUUCUCUCCCACUAUGCCUGCCCCCUUUGCCUAGACACUUUUGAAAAGU